UCAAUUUUAUUACUCAGCAAUCGUUGUAUCCCUGGUACAACACUGCCGUUUUAUAUGCCAUGCUUGAAAGUUGGCAACUCUGGUAAAGAAAGUUCAAGUUAUCUCCUUAUGUUUUAUGUGGCAACUCGAUUUUUGAAGCAUAUACUAAACGAUCGAAUUCAUAUUAAAAUUCGUUCCAAAAAAACGAACUACAUCUAUUUAAUUUUUAAAAGGUAUCGUUGAAUCGUGGUUCGGAAAAACUUAAAACGUAAGGUUUUUGAAAAUGAAAACUCCACCACAAAAGCGCAAACAGCAAACUGAUGUACAAGCAGCUAGAGGUAGAUUGAGAGGUGCUUUAAAAGACACCUUAGACACCUUACCCGCACAACAAGGUAGUAAUGACGAAGCUGCUAGUAAUGACGAAACGGAACGACGCCCAGUACCGCCCCAAAAACACGGUCAAAGGGGGCGACCACCUAAGUACUUGCAAUCACUCCGCCACAAUCCUGUGGCCAGCGUAACUCCACCAUUAACACCAAGUAAGAAACGAAAGCGGGACUUAUUGAUAGCCAGCAGUCAAGCGGCACAAAAAAUACAAGCCGAAAGUUUUGUGAUGAAACUAUUUGAUCGCAGUUUGGAUUUAUCAAAAUAUUCCGAGCAAACGCCUUUGUAUCCUAUUUGCAGAGCUUGGAUGGCAAAUCAGCCUCGUAAUCCUAGCAUACGUAGUUUUCGGGAGAAACAAUCACCUGCACCACCAGAGCGCAAAGAUAAUUGUGGCGAGAUCUUAUCGCAAUUGAAAUCUGGUGAGUUGAAGGAAGUGAUUAGUAUGCCGAAACCAAAGAAAGCCGACAUACCUAAAAUACCACCGCAAAAUUUGUCCGCAAAAUCGACGGAAAUUGAAGAAUUUGCGAAAGUGAAUGAUAAAUUAAAAGACGCAAGUCAGGAAGAACUUUUAGUAUAUCAUUUAAGCAAUUGGAAACAAAUUAAAAGAGGUUGGCAAAAGCACACACGUCAUUACCAACAGAGGAACGACAUGAAUUUCUUGAUUAUCAAAGAACUCCUUAAACAUUGA